UAUCAAAUGAAAUGUAGUUUUGUUAAACUACAGCAUCAAGUCCCAAGUACUUAAUACUUAUCGGUAAAUACUACCAGAAACUCGAAAGACAAUGAAUGUGUUAAUAUUAAACAUUAUCUGUGUAACUUGUUGUAUCAGCAUAACCAGUUGUUCGGCAAAAUGCAGGCGAAAUAUGCAAGAUGGAAUAGGAAAAGAAGUUUGUUUAAAUAGUCAAUGUGAAUGCAAUCAUCAAAAGAUUUUUGUCUAUGAUGGAUUAGGAGCCGAUUUGGAUGAGUCAUAUUUACACGAGUCGGCAAAACUUGUGACAAGGGUUAAUCCAUAUUCCUUAAUAGUGGAUCAGCUUAAAUUAACAAGCCAAAGAGACGUUGGGAGUUUGCCGAAAAUAAACCACUUUAAUCAGGGCACAUGGGAUUCUAUAUUGAAUAUUGUUAAAAACAAAUUUAUGUUAAUUGAUGACGACCUGAAUGAUCUGAAAAAAGAAUUAACACAAAAACCUGAUUUACUUGAUGGGCUGUUAUGGUUCGUUAGUCUAGAUCCUGAACACUUGACUUGGGAAUAUAUUUUUAAUUAUUUAAAUAAAUCAACUCCUAGUAGGAGUGCAGCUUGGAGGAAUAUAGUUAAUGAUCUUCAAGAGAAAGAAAGGCGAAGGAACAAUAAAACAGAAAUUCAUACUACUUUAAAGAUUCAACAGAUUAGUUGAUUUGUACACAAAUAUUAAUUCACUGAAUACUCAAAGUUAGGCAUGAUAGUCAUAUGAACUUAAAUAUCAAUCAAUCAAAUAAAGAACACUUGUUAACUUUUAUAAUGUCAAAGAAAAAUCCUGAGAAAUUAGCGAAGAAAAUGAAGACGCUAAGCUAGCUGAUGUAAAAUCACAAUAAAAAGUAGUCGUGAGCAAUAGAUUACACAAAUAUUUAAUGAUUGAAAUGUUAAAAAAGUAUUUUAGAUUGUUAAAUUUUAGUUAAUACUUAUUAGUUAUUAUUAACUAAGAAUUCAUAAUAACACACUAAAAUAGAAAUGUGAUAAGAUAAAAAUUACACUACUAAACAAUAAAUAUAAAUUAAAAAUGUGAUUUAAAAAAAAAUUUUAAUUUCAAAUUAAUUAUUUUACUUAUUUUAAAAGAUUUUUCUUACUAUACUCCAUCAUUUACUAUACAGAUACAAAGUAAAAUAGUUGUAUUAAAUUAAAUAACAAGAAUGAAAUCUAAAUCGCUCUUCAAACUUCCCUUAAAUAGUUGCAUGGUUGAUAGUUUAUAAACAUAAUCGGUUUCGGAUUAAGUAAACAUGUAAUCCAAAAAGUGUUUCCUGGUCAAUGCCUAAUACUUUAUGACUUAUGUUAAGAAAUACUAAUUUUUAUCAGUGUUCUGGUUUACACUAAAUUUUAUACAAGUUAUUUUCAAAAUGUCGUUAUUCUCAUAUGAGCCAAUAAAAACAUUCUAUUAGUUUAUUUUAGCGACAGCAGCUAAAGUGAGAAAAAUAUUUAGUACUACUAUAAACCAUAGUAGCUUAAACUAUAAAAUAAAAACAACAGCAUGCAUAAGCGUUUUAAAGAUCAGAUUUUUUAAUUUACGUUUUUUCCUCCCAAAAUCAAUAUUUAGAGUGUGAAGCCAAUAAUGUUUUUUUAGAUUAAAA